AUGAAUGCCCCAGUGGAACGUAACAUAUACGUCAUGGUCUUAAAACGAAUUGUUGUUCGUGAACUUUUGGUUCCCCCUCCUGCGUGGGACCUCGUGUAUGCACCUAUGCUGCUGGGCCUGCUGGUGCUGCUAGUGGCAGUGCUGCUCUCCACCAUGGUCGCAGUACUGGCGUGGAAGAAGAGGAACUUAGAAGCGGCUGUGGAGGAGACUCAGCUGUGCACGGCCAUCUUGGAACGAGCUGAGCGGUCCAAGAGUGAGGCGGUGGCCAGCACGUCGCAUGAGCUGCGCACCCCAAUCAUUGGCAUGAUGGGCAUGAUAGAGGAAUUGUUGGACUCACCACUGGAGGAGUGGCAGUAUGAGGACCUGCGGGUGGCGAGGGCGUGUGCGGGCGAGACAGUGGAGCUCAUCAACCGAGUGUUGGACCUCGCCAAGCUGCAGGCCGGCCGGCUGCAGCUCGAGACUCUCCCCUGCUGCCUGCGCCUCAUCGUGCGCGAGGCGACUACAGUUGCUGACCCGAUUGCACCUGGGAAGAAUCUGCAAGGUAUGGAUGUGCAUGGAGUCGCUCUUCUCUUUGACUGUAAGACCUUCGAGUCGUGUGUAUUGUGA